CCCAAAUCCGAAUCUACCAAUCUCCGUCUCCUCCGUCGCAGUUUGCCGAGACAGAGAGACGAAACCAGUGACAGUGAGCGAGAGAGAGUGAGAGAUAUAAAGUACGAAGUUGGGUGCAUCCAUGGAACCCGAAACCACGAGUGGUGUUUCAGCAGCAGCAGCAGCAGCCACCGAUGAUCUCUAAUCUAAUGGCUCUUCGUCUCCAGCGGACGCCGUUUCACUGUUGAUCUUGAUCCUCAUCAUCGUCGCUUUUCUCUUCCUGAAUUCAAGUUCUGGUUGAAAUAAAGAUGUCACAUUUGGUUGCUAGGAAAUCGGCGAUCUUCCUGCUCGUUGUGUUCUCUGUUACGCGUCUCGUGUUUUCACGCUCGCUAUCCUUGGAUCAGGAUCCGUGCGGCUCAAGAAAACUGAGAGAAUUCGAGAGACUCAGAUCCGAUCAGAUCACUGUUCUUAUCAACGGUUACUCUGAAUCACGUAUUCCUCUUCUGCAAUCCAUCGUAGCCUCGUAUUCAGGAUCAUCAAUCGUAUCAUCAAUCUUAGUCCUCUGGGGAAACCCUAGCACACCGGGUCAAGUACUUGACCAGCUACACCACAACCUGACUCAGUCUUCCUUUGGUGCUGCUUCCAUCUCUCUAGUUCAGCAACCAUCGAGCAGCCUCAACUCCAGGUUCCUUCCUCGGCCUUCUGUCGAAACGCGUGCCGUUUUGGUAUGCGAUGACGAUGUGGAGAUUGACAGGAAGUCGCUGGAAUUCGCGUUUUCCGUGUGGAAAUCCAACCCUGAGCGUUUGGUUGGACUGUUUGUGAGGUCACAUGGGUUUGACUUGCAAGAGAAAGACUGGAUAUACACUGUUCAUCCAGACAAGUACUCGAUCUUGUUGACCAAGUUCAUGAUGAUGAAACAAGACUAUCUGUUUGAGUAUAGCUGCAGUGGAGGUGUGGAGAUGGAGGAGAUGAGGAAGAUCGUUGACCAGAUGCGUAACUGCGAGGAUAUAUUGAUGAAUUUCGUAGCUGCGGAUAAGUUAAAGGCAGGGCCAAUCAUGGUGGGAGCAGAGAGAGUUAGGGAUUGGGGAGAUGCGCGUAAUGAAGAAGAAGAAUUGGAGAAUGGUGUAAGAGAAGUUGGGUUGAGUAGUAGAAGAGUGGAACACAGGAAGAGAAGAGGGAAGUGCAUUAGAGAGUUUCAUAGAGUUAUGGGGAAGAUGCCAUUGAUGUAUAGUUAUGGUAAAGUUGUCAACUCUGUUGGGGAACAAGGGCUUUGUCGUAAAUCUGGAAAGCUUGUGUUUUGUGAUCGAGAUUGAUCAUAAAGAGAUGUAAAAGUUUAUCAUCCUCGUGUAACAGCAGCUAGAAAGAGAGCAACAUGUAAACCGGAGCUGGAUUUUGUUAUAAGAAAGCUUGCUUCCGCGAUUA